AUGUCGACCGAAAAUGAAGAUCACAUGGAGUCUAGUUCAAGCGAGGGUGAUGAAGAUAUGGAAGGUGUUGAUGAAGGAAGUAAUGCAGAAGACGAGGCCCCAAAAACGUAUUUACCUGGGCAACCUUUACAAGAGGACGAGCAGCUAGUUUGCGAUCAGUCAGCAUAUGUUAUGCUUCACCAGGCACAAACAGGUGCUCCAUGUCUCAGUUUUGACAUUAUACCAGACAAUCUUGGAAGUGAUAGAAAUCAAUUCCCUAUGACUGCAUACUUAGUUGCCGGCACCCAAGCAUCCAGUGCACAUUUAAAUAAUUUACUGGUAAUUAAAAUGUCAAACUUGCACCCUACAUCAAAGUCAGCAGACAAUGAUUCUGACAGUGACAAUGAUGAUGAUGAUGAUGAAGAUGAAGAGGAUUUAGACAAAAAGCCAGAAAUGACAUUCUCAUUCAUCAAACAUCAGGGGUGUGUCAAUAGAAUAAGGACUACUAAUUAUAAAAAUUCAGUUUUGGCUGCCAGUUGGUCAGAAUUAGGCAGAGUGGAUAUAUGGAAUAUAACACAGCAAUUACAAGCUGUAGAUGAUCCUCUUGUUUUGGAAAGAUAUAAUUUAGAUACAGUAACAAAUCCAGUUAAACCACUUUUUUCUUUCAAUGGUCAUCAACAAGAAGGUUUUGGAAUAGAUUGGUGUCCUACAGAACUGGGUGUGCUUGCUACUGGAGAUUGUAAAAAGGAUAUACAUAUAUGGAAGCCAAAUCAAGCAGGUACUUGGGAUGUAGAUCAACGUCCACUGGUGGGACAUACUAGCUCUAUAGAGGAUAUACAGUGGUCACCCAAUGAAAGAAAUGUUUUGGCUACGUGUUCUGUUGACAAAACUAUAAGGAUUUGGGAUACAAGAGCUGCUCCGCACAAAGCAUGUAUGUUAACAUGUGAAAAUGCUCAUCAAAGUGAUGUCAAUGUUAUAACUUGGAAUAAUAAAGAACCAUUUAUUGCUAGCGGUGGUGAUGAUGGUUUCAUACAUAUUUGGGAUUUAAGACAAUUCACAAAUAAUACACCAGUAGGUACAUUCAAGCAUCACACAGGACCUGUCACUUCUGUGGAAUGGCACUGGUCAGAGCCUAGUGUCCUAGCUUCAGCUGGUGAAGAUAAUCAAGUGGCUUUGUGGGAUUUGGCAGUUGAACGAGAUGAUGAUGAAAUUAUUGAUGAAGAACUGAAAAAUCUACCACCACAACUGCUUUUUAUACAUCAAGGUCAAACUGAUAUCAAAGAAUUGCACUGGCAUAAACAAAUCCCAGGAGUCAUAGUAACAACUGCCCACACUGGGUUCAAUAUAUUUAAAACAAUUAGUGUUUAG